AUGAAGCUCGUUCGAUUUUUGAUGAAAUGCGCCAACGAGACGGUGACAAUUGAGUUGAAAAAUGGCACCAUCGUCCAUGGCACCAUCUCCUCCGUCUCCCCCCAGAUGAACACCGCCCUCCGCAACGUCAAGAUGACCAUUAAAGGACAGGAGCCCAUCUCCCUCGAAACCAUGAACAUCCGAGGUUCCACAAUCCGUUACUUUAUUCUCCCCGACUCACUACCUCUCGACACACUGCUUAUUGACGACGCGCCCAAGCCCAAGAACAAGGCCCGCAAGGAGGCAGAGCGGGGCGGCCGAGGAGGACCACGAGGAAGGGGCGGUCCCAGGGGACGCGGCCGUGGUGGUGGCGGUGGUCGUGGACGCGGUGGACGACCUUAG